AUGGCGACUCUCUGGAGGCUCAGUGUUCUUUGCGGUGCCCGAGGAGGAGGAGCUCUGGUCCUCCGGACCUCAGUGGUCAGACCUGCUCAUGUCUCAGCAUUUCUCCAGGACCGUACCCCGGGAUGGUGUGGAGUACAGCACAUUCACCUGUCACCCAGCCACCAGGCUAGUUCCAAGGCUGCAUCUCUCCACUGGACUGGUGAGAGGGUUGUCAGUGUUUUGCUCCUGGGCCUACUUCCAGCCGCUUAUUUGAAUCCUUGUUCUGCGAUGGACUACUCCCUGGCCGCAGCCCUCACUCUCCAUGGUCACUGGGGCAUUGGACAAGUCGUUACUGACUACGUGCGAGGGGAUGCACUGCAGAAAGCUGCCAAGGCAGGCCUUUUGGCGCUCUCGGCUUUCACCUUUGCUGGGCUUUGUUAUUUCAACUAUCAUGAUGUGAUCUGCAAAGCUGUUGCCAUGUUGUGGAAGCUCUGAGCUUUUAGAGCUAAUACCUUGAGAGUUGAUUGUACACCUCCUUGCCUCUGCUCUGUCAUGCCAUUCAGCUCACAGUAAGAAGGAAAUAAUAGAUAAGUCCAUUGGUGAGACAAACCUCUUCUCCUAAUCAGUGGGUUAUUUUUGGAAUUUAAUCUUUGAGGAAAGAUUUGAGAGGAAUCGUAUCCAAGAAAUUGUGAGACUGAGCUCUCACAAGACUCAGUGUCUCUCAGCUUUUCACGAGACUCGGUGUAACUAAGCAUUACAUAUGAGCUUUUGCCUUUUCAUUUAUCAGACUUUUAAAGGGAAUUCAGCUUUAUUACUCUCAGUAUCUGCUCACACUUCUGUAUUUGUCCUAGGAUGAUGGAGAAAGGGAAAGACUGUUAAUUCCUAAGGAAAGACUUUGUGGAAGAGUAGGCAGUGUUUCGUUUUUACAGACUUCCCCUCUCUGUUCAGUUGAUA